AUAAAGAGAGGGAGUGGCGCACUGGUUAACACUGAGGAGAGAGACUCCACACGCAGACGGCAGCACGGCAGCGCCCGGGAUAACACGAUUAGCGCUCUAAUAGGUCCGCUACUGAGCACAACUAGAUGCAGCACAGGGAUCAUUGUGUGGGGAGAGAGAGGAGACGCAGAGGGAAGACUUCAUCCGCCACAUGGAUCUUAUUUGCUUCCUAUUGAUCUGCUUAAAGAAGUUCCCCACAGACGGUUUUUUUAAAUGCCUCUCGCGUCUCUGUCGCUGGGGAGGUUCAGUCACCCUCUUUUUGUCUCAGAUAAACUGACAUAACUAAUAAGAGGCUAUCCCUGGGGAGCCAAACAUGAUGAAAGAAAAAAAUCCAGCCUCCAUUGCUUCCUUUCUCAGCCCUGCUGUGAGCUAUUAGCUCUGUCCUGUCUGGUGAUGAUAUUUGUUAACCUCAGGUGAACUCACAUAGGAAGUGGGCCAAUCUGCUCCGAUGGGGUUUGACAACGAGACCAACCAGACUCUGCCAGACGCGGCCCCUUACAACCUCCAGAUCUCCCUGCCACUCACUGUGCUGGUGGGGAUCAUGAUCAUGCUGACGGUGUUUGGCAACGUGCUGGUGGUCAUAGCUGUGUUUACAAGUCGGGCUCUGAGAGCUCCGCAGAACUUGUUUCUGGUGUCUCUGGCGUCUGCGGACAUUUUGGUGGCUACCCUCGUGAUGCCUUUCUCCUUGGCAAAUGAGCUCAUGGGAUACUGGUACUUUGGUGAGGUGUGGUGUGAAAUAUAUCUGGCGCUUGAUGUUCUUUUCUGCACCGCCUCUAUUGCCCACCUGUGUGCUAUCAGCUUAGACCGCUACUGGUCCAUCACGCAGGCCAUUGAGUACAACCUGAAGAGAACGCCUCGACGCAUCAAGUGCAUCAUCUUCAUUGUGUGGAUCAUUGCGGCGGUUAUCUCCUUUCCACCUCUAAUCACCAUGGAAAAAGAAAACAGUGAGGAGGACCCUGUAUGUAAGAUCAACAACGAUAAAUGGUACGUCAUCUCCUCCUGCAUCGGCUCCUUCUUCCUCCCCUGCAUCAUCAUGGUCCUGGUUUACGUGCGGAUCUACCAGAUCGCCAAAAAGAGAACACGGGCUCCACCGGGAGACAGGAAGCGGAAGGAGAUUCCGAAGAUGGCUGCCAUCGCCGCUGCCAACCAGAAGGAGAACGGCAUGGGCGCAGGUGAUGCUGGGGACUGCCUCUGCCAUGAGAAGCUGAAUGGAGAGCGGGACAUAGAGUUAAAGGAGGCAAUGGGAGGAGAAGGAGGAGUGGAUGAGGAGAAAGGUGAGGUCAACGGGGUGGACCUUGAGGAGUCGUCUUCCUCCGACCACAAGGUGAACAAUCCCUGCUCGAUUAAAAAGAAAGCGUCCAAAGGGAAAACCAAACUGAGCCAAAUUAAACCGGGAGACAAUGACGUCCAAAAGCGGGCGCCGAGCACCAAGGGCAGCCGCUGGAAGGGCCGACAGAACAGGGAGAAGCGCUUCACCUUUGUCCUGGCUGUGGUCAUUGGAGUGUUUGUCAUCUGCUGGUUUCCCUUUUUCUUCACAUACAUGCUGAUGACGCUGUGCGAGUCCUGCCCAGUGCCCGACACCCUGUUUAAGUUCUUCUUCUGGUUUGGCUAUUGCAACAGUGCGCUGAACCCCAUCAUUUACACUAUUUUCAACAAUGACUUUAGGAGGUCGUUCAAAAAGAUACUGUGCAGGAGGGACGCUAGAAGAUAUGUAUGAUGGACUUCAUCUUUAUAUACAUGCUUUUUUUUUUUUACUUUAUUGUGCAUAAAUUAUAAAGUACAUGGACCAUUGUGCAUGGGUCAUUGGCUUGUGAAUGCCCUAGGUGUAACUGCUUGGAAGUCUUUCCAAGGACGAGCUUUACUUGCAGCAUCCUUUCCAAACCUCCACCACCCACAGCUUCAACACCAACCACAGAGAGGUCUAAACAGAACAGAACGCCACAGUGAAACCAUGUUUUUAAUGUAAAUGUGAUUUUUAUUUUUAUAAAAGAAACAUAGUGAAGUUGUGAUAUGUGUUGUACUUUACGACGGUAUGUUUUACAAAACGACCUGACUGAAUUAUUGUCUUUAUUUUCUUUGUUAUGGAUACAGUAUUGUGCCAUUUUGUAUGAUGUGAUGACAGCAGCGGUAAGGUCGAUGACGACGACGAUGAUGAUAAUGACAAAGUAUGGGAAAAAUGCUGGCUCUUGAAAGAAUAAAACCCAUUUCCUGAACUGGUCUCAAUUAAAACAA